AUGAAAGGCAACAGAGAUGACCCGAUUGGGGCAAGCCCAGAUGGGGAUGACAAGGAAGGGGAAAGCCCCAAAGAGCAUGAACGCGACCAAAGCGAGCGACAGUCAAACAAACGAAACAAAGGAAAACAAGUCGAUCAACUAAGCAUGGAAGAAACAGAUGAAAACACAAUCAUCCCCUACUACCUGUCCAAUCUACUAACUAACGCAUCAAACCCAGUGGUCUUUAUGGACAUAAAUCUGGGCAACCAUUUCUUAGGCAAAUUUAAAUUUGAGCUGUUCCAAAAUAUUGUGCCCAAAACAAGCGAAAAUUUUAGACAGUUUUGUACAGGCGAAUACAAAGUAAAUAACCUGCCAGUGGGAUACAAAAACACCACCUUCCACAGAGUGAUAAAGGAGUUUAUGAUUCAGGGGGGAGAUUUUGUGAACUACAAUGGAAGUGGGAGCUUAAGUAUAUAUGGAGAAAAUUUUGAAGACGAAAAUUUUGAUGUAAAGCAUGACAAAGAAGGAUUACUCAGCAUGGCUAAUAGUGGCCCGAAUACAAACGGGUGUCAGUUUUUUAUUACCACCAAGAAAUGUGAAUGGCUCGAUGGGAAAAAUGUCGUUUUUGGAAGAAUCAUAGAUAACGAUUCUUUAAUUUUACUUAAAAAAAUUGAAAAUGUUUCUGUCACUCCUUAUAUUUAUAAGCCAAAAAUUCCCAUCACUAUCGUCGAAUGCGGGGAACUGUAA